UCAAAGGUUUCUCAAAAGGAGGCUCGUGCUUUAAAAAGACAAUACGAUUCAACUUUUAUAUCAAUUUGGAAAGAUUUAGCAAGAAAAGAUGGUCCUAAAAUUUAUAGACUACUAUCUCAAGCUCAACAAGCCAAAGUUUUGAAUCUUAAAAAAACCGCUUCUUUAGCAAUGAGAGAAGCUAAAAAAUGGCAGUAUAAAACUAAUAAAAAUAUUAAAGAUUUACAAGCUAAGGCCAGAAGAUCGGUUAGAGAAAUGUCAAAUUUCUGGAAAAGGUAUGAAAAACAAGAAAAAGAACAAAAAAAGAGAUUUGAAAAAUUGGCCGUUGAACAGAAUAAAAGACAAGAGGAACUUAGAGAGGCUAAAAGACAAACACGUAAAUUAAAUUUCCUUUUGACUCAAACCGAGUUAUAUUCUCAUUUUAUUGGUAGAAAAAUUAAAACAGAUGAAAUUGAAGGAAGCAGCUCUGAUACUCAGAUAUCUGCCUUGCAAGCUGCUGCUAAAGAAAAACAUAAAAAUGUUGAAAUACCUACAAAUGCGAUAAGAACCGAUAUAAGUAAGAUUGAUUUUGACAAAGAAGAUGAUGACGCUUUAACAAAAGCUGCCGCUGCAAACGCUCAAAGUGCGUUGAUGGACGCACAAAACAGAGCAAAACAGUUUAAUAAUGCAGAUGUUAAAGGAAUUAAUAUAGAUGAUGAAGAAAUGAAUUUUCAAAAUCCUACUUCUUUUGGGGAUAUAAUUAUUCCACAACCAAAGAUGCUUACUUGCACAUUAAAAGAAUAUCAAGUUAAAGGUUUGAAUUGGUUAGCAAAUUUAUAUGAAAGAGGUAUAAAUGGUAUCUUAGCUGAUGAAAUGGGUUUGGGUAAAACCGUUCAAUCUAUAUCGGUUUUAUCUUACUUGGCCGAAACUCACAAUAUAUGGGGUCCAUUUCUUGUUGUUUCUCCAGCUUCUACAUUGCACAACUGGCAACAAGAAAUUUCCAGAUUUGUUCCAAACUUCAAAGUUAUUCCUUACUGGGGUAAUGCCAAAGAUAGAAAGGUUUUAAGAAAAUUUUGGGAUAGAAAAAAUGUAGUUUACACCAAGGAUUCUCCAUUCCAUGUUUUAAUAACAUCGUAUCAAUUAGUUGUGGGUGAUGCUCAAUAUUUCCAAAGAAUCAAAUGGCAGUAUAUGAUUUUAGAUGAAGCUCAAGCAAUAAAAUCAUCUCAAUCUUCCAGAUGGAAGGUACUUCUUGGCUUUCAAUGUCGUAAUAGAUUAUUAUUAACAGGAACUCCAAUUCAAAAUUCGAUGCAGGAGCUAUGGGCGUUAUUGCAUUUUAUCAUGCCUUCUCUUUUUGAUUCACAUGAUGAAUUUAGUGAAUGGUUUUCAAAAGAUAUUGAAAAUCAUGCACAAACUAAUUCCAAAUUGAAUGAAAAGCAAUUACAGAGAUUACAUCUUAUUUUAAAACCUUUUAUGUUAAGACGUGUUAAAAAGAAUGUUCAAAGUGAAUUAAAUGAUAAAAUUGAGAUUGAUAUCACUUGCGAAUUGACAAAUAGACAGAAGAAAUUAUAUCAAAUGUUAAAAUCACAAAUAUCAAUACAAGAUAUUUUAGAUAAAUUAAAAUCCAACAAUGACGAUGGUCGUCAAUCAUUAAUGAAUUUGGUUAUGCAAUUUAGAAAAGUUUGCAAUCAUCCUGAUCUAUUUGAAAGAGCUGAUGUGAAAUCAGCUUUUUCUUUUGCAGAUUUUGCUCAAACUGGAUCAGUCAGAAAAGCAAGCACUAGCGGCGACAGUGCUUAUACAGAAUUCUUUUAUUCUACUAGAAACCCUAUAAAUUAUCACUUGCCUAAGUUAAUAUACAGAGAUUUGAUUUCUCCUAGCUUUAAUAAUCAUAUAAAGUCAACUGAAAAGACAGUCAGUCAAUUAUUUAAUAUAUGGGACCCUCAGUAUAUUAGGGAAAGAGAAGAGAGGGAUCGAAAAUCAUUUGGAUGGUUAAAAUUUAUAGAUACUUCUCCCCAAGAAGCCUCUAAAGUAAGCAAUUUGGGCAUCUUUGAAAGGGCUGUUCAAAGAAGACAAUACAAAGAUAUUGAUGAAUCAUUGCAGAGAUUCCUUUCUACAUAUGACCAGGAUAAACCAGCAUUGGAUAACAUUCUUAGAAAAAGAAUGCUUUUAAUUUAUAAAACUCCAAAUAAUGAUUUUUCCAAUACUAUUGCUGCGAGAAAGGGCUUAUGUUCAAUAAUCCAAAAUGUUUAUCAGAAGAUGUAUAUUGAAAUUCUUGAGCCAGCAGCUAGAUCAUCAGCUGUUGCGCCACCAAUUAAUGUAAUUUGUUCUGAUCGUUCAUUUACUACUGAAAAAGAUUAUGUUUUGUUUAAUGGAUUUAUUAGAAAUUCACUAAUGGAUCUUUCUCUUGAUAACCAAUAUUCUUUACUAUCAAAGAGAGUUCCUUUAGAGUUGUGGCCAAAGACGGGAAUGUUACCAACGCCUAUUGUUAGAAAAGCUGGAUUUUCUACCAUAUCCAUGCCAUCAAUGCACAGAUUUGUUACAGAUUCGGGAAAAUUAUCAAGACUAGAUGAACUUCUUGUUGAAUUAAAAGAAAAUGACCAUAGAGUACUUUUGUAUUUCCAAAUGACUAGAAUGAUGGACUUGAUGGAGGAGUACUUAACUUAUAGACAGUAUACUUACAUCAGACUUGAUGGAUCAUCUAAAUUGGAUGAUAGAAGAGAUUUAGUUAAUGAUUGGCAAACAAAGCCUGAGAUUUUUGUAUUUCUCUUAUCAACAAGAGCAGGUGGUUUAGGUAUUAAUUUGACAGCAGCUGAUACAGUUAUAUUUUAUGAUUCUGAUUGGAAUCCAACUAUUGAUUCCCAAGCUAUGGAUAGAGCUCAUAGACUAGGACAGACAAGGCAGGUCACUGUGUAUAGGCUUUUGGUUCGUGGUACUAUUGAAGAAAGAAUGAGAGACAGAGCAAAACAAAAAGAACAUGUUCAACAAGUUGUUAUGGAAGGAAAAUCUACGUCCGGUCAAAAAUCUGUUGAUUUCCAACACAAUUCCAAAGAGGUUGCAUCCUGGCUUUUGGAUGAUAAUUCUGUUUAA